GUAUUCGUUUGAGCUAGCGAAAUCCCGAUGACAAGGUCACCACACAGUCAGAAAGCUAUUGAACUAAGUCCCACUCACAUUCUCAUAAGAUGCACCUACGUGCUCAUGAUAUCAUCUCAGCCGUAUGCGUAGCGCUUUGCAGUGCAAAUUGUCUACCAUCCACCACCACCAGUGUCUCCACCACCCCAGGAGUCCUCGCCACCAGCUACCGGAGCAGCAUCGCCGGAGGCACCCCAACCACCCGAAGCCUCAACCGGGCCACCGCUACCCAUUCCGUCCUCGGCGAUCGGUUGCUUGCAACGCUGUAAAAAGGAUACCAUCAGACUUACAUCGCGAGAGAAAUGGCCGGUCUCGUUGCACUUCCUGCACUCAACCCCCUCAGCGGAGCGCGGCUCGGGACACUCCUUAGACAUGUGACCCUCCUGCUUGCAGUUCUUGCAGGCGUAAGGGUUGACACGCUCCUUGGGGCAGUCGCGUGCGCGAUGGCCCU